AUGCAAACUCUUGCACGUCUUUCCCGUACCAACAUUGUUGGUAGAAGUAUGAGACAAUACUCAUCAGUUUCACAACAAGAAAUUGAUAAUGAACCAAGAUUUUUAGAAUGUUUCAAAACUUUCUUUGAUAAAGCUGCUGGUUUAACCAACUUAAAACCAGGUGUUUUAAAUAACAUGAAAGAAUGUAACGUUGCUCUUCGUGUUGAAUUCCCAAUUAAAAAUGAACAUGGUGAUGUUGAUAUUAUUGCUGGUUAUCGUGCUCAACACAGUCACCACAGACUCCCAUGCAAAGGUGGUAUUCGUUUCUCAGAAGAAGUCGAUCUCCAAGAAGUUAUGGCUCUUGCUUCAUUAAUGACCUACAAAUGUGCCGUCGUCGAUGUUCCAUUCGGUGGUGCUAAAGGUGGUGUCCGUAUCGAUCCAAAGAAAUACACUAUUGCUCAAAGAGAAAAAAUCACUCGUGCCUACACUCUUCUUUUAUGCCAAAAGAACUUUAUUGGUCCAGGUGUUGAUGUUCCAGCUCCAGAUAUGGGUACUGGUGAACAAGAAAUGUCAUGGAUUCGUGAUACCUACCAAGCUUUCAAUACUAACGAUGUUGAUUCAAUGGCUUGUGUCACUGGUAAACCAAUCUCAUCAGGUGGUAUUCGUGGUCGUACUGAAGCUACCGGUUUAGGUGUUUUCUACGGUAUUCGUGAAUUCCUUUCAUACGAAGAAGUUCUCAAAAAGACUGGUUUAACUCCAGGUAUUAAAGGUAAAAAGAUUAUUAUUCAAGGUUUUGGUAAUGUUGGUUAUUGGGCUGGUAAAUUCUUCGAACAAGCUGGUGCUAAAAUUAUUGCCGUUGCUGAACACAAUGGUGCUGUCUUCAACCCAGAAGGUCUCAACAUUGAUGCCUUAAACAAAUACAAACUCCAACACGGUAGUUUCAUUGAUUUCCCAGGUGCCACCAACAUCCACGACUCUGUUAAAGCCCUCGAAAUUCCAUGUGAUAUUUUAAUUCCAGCCGCUCUUGAAAAACAAAUCCACGUCGGUAACUGUGCUGAUAUCCAAGCUAAAAUUAUUGGUGAAGCUGCUAACGGUCCAAUGACCCCACGUGCUGAUGACUUCUUAAAUGCUAGAGGUCACAUCAUCAUUCCAGAUCUCCUCCUCAAUGCUGGUGGUGUCACUGUCUCAUACUUUGAAUGGUUAAAGAAUCUUUCACACGUUCGUUUCGGUAGAUUAAACAAGAAAUGGGAAGAAUCAUCAAAGAAACUCUUAUUAGAAUUUGUUGAAAACACUGUUGGUAAGAAACUCUCUGAUGCCGAAAGAGGUUUAGUCAUCCAUGGUGCUGAUGAAAUCGAUAUUGUUAGAUCAGGUUUAGAUGAUACCAUGACUAAUGCUUGCGCUGAAACUAGAAAGACUGCCAUCGAAAAGAACACUGAUUACCGUUCAGCUGCUUUAUACAACGCCAUCAUGAAAAUUAAAGCUGUUUACGAAUCAUCAGGUAACGUCUUCUCUUAAAUUUUUUAAUAAUAUAAUUAAUCCCCUUAUUGCAACAAUAAUAAUAAUAAAAAAAAAAAGAUUAUACUCUUUAUGU